AAGCUGAAGAAGAUGUGGAAGAGUCCCAACGGAAGCAUCAGGAACAUUCUGGGCGGAACCGUCUUCCGAGAGCCAAUCAUCUGCAAGAACAUUCCCCGUCUGGUCCCUGGUUGGACGCAGCCAAUAACGAUCGGCAGACACGCCUUUGGUGACCAGUACAGAGCCACAGACUUUGUGAUCACCAAGCCGGGGAAGUUUAAGAUGGUGUUCACCCCGGCUGACGGCAGCAAGGGGAAUGAGUGGGAGGUCUUUGACUUCCUCUCAGGAGGCUGUGGGUUGGGCAUGUACAAUACUGAUGAGUCCAUCACAGGGUUUGCCCACAGCUGUUUCCAGUAUGCCAUCAACAAGAGGUGGCCUCUAUACAUGAGCACUAAGAACACCAUCCUUAAGUACUACGACGGACGCUUCAAGGAUAUCUUCCAGGAGAUCAUCAAACAGAAAUACAAGCCAGAGUUUGACAGGCUGAAGAUCUGGUACGAGCACCGCCUCAUUGAUGACAUGGUGGCACAAGUCCUAAAGUCCUCCGGAGGCUUCGUCUGGGCCUGCAAGAACUACGAUGGAGACGUUCAGUCUGACAUAUUGGCUCAAGGUUUUGGCUCCCUGGGUCUAAUGACGUCCGUGUUGGUGUGUCCUGAUGGGAAAACCAUUGAGGCAGAGGCAGCCCACGGCACUGUGACACGGCACUACCGCCAACACCAGAGGGGCCGACCCACCAGCACCAACCCCAUCGCCAGUAUCUUUGCCUGGACCAGAGGGCUGGAACACAGAGGGAAACUGGAUGGAAACCCAGACCUCAUCAAGUUCUCCCAGACUCUGGAGAGGGUGUGUGUGGAGAUCGUGGAGAGUGGUGUGAUGACCAAGGACCUGGCCGGCUGCAUCCACGGCCUGGCCAACUGCAAGCUGAAUGAACAUUACGUCAACACAUCCGACUUUCUGGACGCCAUCAGGACCAACCUGGACAAGGCUCUGAGCAAGUGAAGAGGAGGACGACAACACCACCACUAACUUAGAUUAGAUCUGUGUUGCUGCCAUGUUGUGUUGUCUCUCUUUAUGUAAUGUUGUGUUGUCUCUCUAUAUGUAGUGUUGUGGUGUCUCUUUAUGUAAUGUUGUGAUGUCUCUCUAUAUGUAGUGUUGAGGUGUCUCUUUAUUUAGUGUUGUGGUGUCUCUCUAUAUAUAGUGUUGUGGUGUCUCUCUAUAUUUAGUGUUGUGGUGUCUCUCUAUAUAUAGUGUUGUGG